AUGCCUUCUAGGAUCCUGAUGCUUUUAGUGGCCAUUUUCAUGGUCCAACACCUAGACAUGGGAGUCUCUAGUCCUUUACAUAGAAACCACUCCAAAAAUUGUCAAUGGAAUGAACUCAAGCAUCUGACACACAAACUCUACGAGCAGGCACAGAAGAUUUAUGAUUCUAUGAAUUCCACAGAUAAUACAGUUCUUGAUGACAUUCCCAGAAUUGAGUGCAACCAUCGCUGUGGACCGAGGGAUCUCCAUUCAAAUCCAGAGACUUGCCUGGAACGGAUCGCCCAUAUUUUGUCAUAUUACAAAGCUGCUUUAUCUCACCUAACAAAGAGCAGUCAAAAUGAACAUUUUACUAAUGUGAGAGCGGCUAUCGCAGAUAUUCUGACCAGACUGGAGGCCUGUAACUAUAAAGCCACACAUCUACCCGCGCCCAAGGAGGUGACAGAGGAAUUUUUGAGAAUGAAGGUCGGCUCUCCUCUAUUAUCGGUCAGCAUCCUCAUCGCCCGAGUCUUUUCACUGGGGAACCCGGCCGAUCACAUAAUACACCCAAUGCACUAGCACGUGGUCCACACUAUUUAUAAUGUAACUAAAUAUUAUAUAUUUAAUGGAAUGAUUAAUGCCUUCAAUGCAGGCUGACAAGUAUUUAUAUAUUAUACUUAUUUGCAGCGUGUGCA